UUUGCAGCUCAUCCAAGUUCUUCAAUGAGCAAGAUGCCAGCAACGACUUGAGUGGACUUGACACCUCAAGCAACAACACUCAACAAGAUAGAUAGUCUACCCAUUCAAUCCUUGGAUAUCCCUCACGGCAGUUCUGCUCCAGCCCUAUAUUUGUUUUUGUCUCGAAACAAAACUCAUUUCCCAGCUACUAGCUAGUCUAGCCAAAACUAAUUGACUUGAAAAUAAUGACACGGAUAGUGCUUGGACGAGUUUUGCUGCUCUCCACGGCACUGCUUGCCGCUGAAUCAGCAUUUGGUUUCGUUGCCAACCCUCGUGUUGUUUCCCACGUUUCAUCAUCACCAUCAUUGUUGUCUCCUCUGCAUGCCAAAAAGAAAAAGGGCAAGAAAGGAGCAAAAGGUUUUGGCAAGACAGCCGAACCUGCCGUUGCAGUGGAACCAACAACAAUCAGCAGCGAUGACAGUACUAGUACGCCUCUAGAAGGUUCCUCUCCCUUUUUGCAAAGUGUGGAACAGGGUGGAUCCUCCAGUAUUCCUACCGUGGAAGUUGCGUCGUCGGAACCAGAACUUCCACCGGAAGAACGAGCCAAGAAACUGUUGCGGGAACAGUAUGGAUUGCGAUCACUCGAGGAGCAGCGAAUGGCCGAUAGUAUUAAUGACCAACGCCAGAGAAUGGACGAGCUCAAGAAAAUGGCCGAGAAAGAAGACGAUAUUGAUAUCAUGGCCAUGCUUCCAGCUCCCUUGCUCAAGGGUAUUGAUACCUUUUUGAAACUGGGAGUGGCAAUCUGCACGACUCUGUUUGUCACUGCCGGCAUGGGUAUUACAGCCGAAGCAUGGAGCAAGACAUCUGGCAGCCCUCUUCCAGAUAACAUUGAUGCUUUCAUUGUAGAUGUGGUAGAGCCAAACUUUACCACUGGUCUGUUGGUGCUGUUGGGCUUUUCCGUGAGCCUGGGUGGUUUUGCGGCAUUGCAACUAACCUCGGCUUCGUCUCAGUACAAGGAGGAGUAAGUAAGGAGGAGAGGGUUUCAUUUUUCUUGGAACAGAGCAUGCAGUUGCAACUACCACCAGGGUAACUCCGUGCAUGCUACGAACACAACGGCGAGAACGACAAAGUGAUGUCCAUAUCUGAAAGAGAAAAAACUCAACAAACACUCAUGACGAGGACCAUCACUUCGUAGACAAACUGUACUAGCUAUUUUGAGCCAGAAGAAUCAAUUCUUACCAAACUAAUAUGUAGGCCCUCAAUACUAGUAUCGGUAUAGUUGGUUUCUUU